AUGGCGGCGCCGGGAAGCAGUAAUGGCGGUGGCGGCAGCAGAUCCCAGCAGCAGCAGCCGCAGCAGGACAAGCAGAGUAUAUGGGCUGGCUGUUUCUCUGGCUUGUCAUGCUUCGGGGCGCAGAAGGGCGGAAAGCGUAUAGUUCCUGCAGCACGUAUGCCCGACGGGAACGCAUCGACUAACCGUGGAAACGCUCAGUCUGGUGGCAAUCCCAACCAGAAUGGGGCUAUGAAUCUGUCCCUUCUCGCGCCACCGUCAUCCCCGGCAUCCUUCUCCAACUCUGCACUUCCUUCGACUGCCCAGUCACCUAACUGCUUCCUGUCAAUCUCUGCAAAUUCUCCUGGUGGACCAACAUCUAACAUGUUUGCUGUUGGACCAUAUGCCAAUGAGCCUCAGCUCGUCUCGCCUCCGGCAGCCUUUUCGACCUACACAACCGAGCCAUCCACAGCACCACUGACCCCUCCUCCUGAACUAGCUCAUGCCACCACUCCAUCCUCUCCAGAUGUCCCGUACGCUCGGUUCCUUUCGUCGUCUAUGGGUCUUAAAACUGCAGGCAAGGAGCACAACAUGCAUUACUACUCUGGUGGUUCAGGGCUCCAGGGGCCUUAUCCACUUUACCAGCCAGGGAGCCCUUCCAGCAGCCUCAUCUCGCCUGCCUCGGUGACUCCGAGGACCGGCCUCUCCUCGCCUAUCCCUGAGCAAAAUGUUCCUACUGCUGCUCACUGGAAGACGUCCAGGUCUGCCUGCGACACGCCGUACUCCAUCGCUUCGCCCAUACCCGAGCAAGAGGUCCCUACUGCACACUGGAAGAAGACCUCCAGGUCUGCCUGUGACACGCCGUACUCCAGGACAUCGCCGUCGAACAUCUUCGGGCUUGAUUCUGCUGCCACAAGAAACUCCCUGCUAGAUAGCAACUUCUUCCGCCCGGCUGCAUCUGCUCAGUUCUACCUGGAUCAGGCUUAUAAUGGUGGCAGGCUCAGCGUCUCGAGGGAUAAGCAACAAGAUGCUGAUGAGGUUGAAGCGUACCGAGCAUCAUUUGGAUUCAGUGCCGAUGAGAUGGUUACAAGCACUCAACGUUACGCAGAAGCACCAGAUGCCGCGCUUGAUGAGGGAUUCAGCAUAUCUCCAUUUGGAAACACUGCCCCUGCUAAUAACACAGAGAAGGUGUGCCUGUUCAAUGAUCCUCUGCCUAAUCAUGAGGUUCAGAAGGUGGGUAAGAUGGGUAGAUCACUCUCCAAUGCAAAAGAGAUGAUGACAAGCCCCUCAAAGAAGGCAGCAGACCAGCUUCCACAUAAGGCAGUGCACCUCGAUAUGUUCAAAGGAACAAAAGGGGGGUAUCUGUCCGAGGACGACACGUCGGCAGCGAAAGACUGCCAUCCUUUCAGGAUGACUCGGGACGAGAUAUCGCUGAAACCCAUAGAGGUGAGGAAGAAAGCCCCGGCUGGGCAGGCGUGCUCGGAUGCGGAGGUCGAGUUCAGGAGGGCGAGGAGCCUGAGAGAGGCCAACAGCGUCCUGUCAUGGCGCAGCACGCUGUCAAGCAGCCAGCAGCUUGUAUUCUGUUUCAGAUUGCCAUGUUCCCCUUCUGUUUUAUGGAGACCCUGUAACCAUUAG